AUGGUUGUUGUGAUUCCUAGGAAUACCCCCGUCCCUACCCGAAAAACAUCCACGAUGACUACUGCAUUGGACAACCAAUCUUCUUUAAGUAUUAAAGUGUUCGAAGGAGAGAGAGCCAGAUCAACUGACAACAAUCUGUUGGGUGAAUUAGUGCUCACUGGCAUUCAAAUAGCCCCAAGGUUUGUCCCUAAAAUCGAAGUCAGCUUUGAUUUGCACACCAAUGGCAUUUUGAACGUCCAUGCGCGGGAUAAGAUCACAUUUGCAGAGAGCAGCAUCAGCCUCAGAAGUGGAAGACUAUUAAGAGUCGAAAUAGAGAAGAUGGUAGAGGAAGCCAACAAGUUCAAAGCCCGAGGACGAAAAACACAGGAACAAGUCGAGAGCAAGGUGGGAUUUUGA